AUGGGUGUUCCGCUGGAUACUAUUUGUGGCUUCUACCAUCGCCAUGUUGAAAUAGUGGCUCACAUUUUUCAACAAUGUGAGUUUACUAGCUUGAUCCGGAUGUCUCAUCCUCUGGUUGUGCUUCGGACUUUGACCUUGGAUUGUGACUUCAAUGUUUGGCUGACAGAGGCAGUUACCAGUUUUGCAACUUCUAAGGAUUGGAGUGGGUUAGAUUGUCUGUUGGCUUUUCUAUGGGCAAUAUGGCUAACUAGGAACAACCUCCGUUUCCGUUCGGAGGUCUAUUCUCCAGCUGGGAUUUUUGCUACGGCUGCUACUUGGGUUGCUAGAAGUAAGGAGGCCAGAGACUUGUCUAAUCUUUCUCAGCCCUCUUGCCCUCCAGGGUUUGGUCCCUCUUUACCUCACUUCAUAAGGUUGAAUGAUCCUACUGUAGAGUGUGACAUCUGCCUUACCUUUGAUGGUUCUUGGAGCGAUAAGGAUCAUCGAGCUGGAAUGGGUUGGUACUUAUCUUCUGAUCUUUCUUCCCCACCUAUCGGAGGAGGGGCUCAAGCGGGUUUUUCUUCUUCGGCUCUUCAUGUCGAGCUGCUGGCCUGUUUGCUGGGUUUACGGCAUACCUGGGACCAAGGAUAUUCCAGUGUUCGAGUUUUUACGGAUUGUUGUCAAGUUAGGACGUUGCUUUGGGGUCAAAUGUCAGAUUCAAUCUCAGUCCGGCCAUUGGGUUUUGCGUGA